GAAGAAUGCAGCGUUCGGUCGGAGUACUGGGCGCCGGAAAUAUUUUGAUGAAGGGAUGCCGUAUGCUUCGGGCAAUGUCGACCUGGAUUACGGCACGUUUCGGCGAAGAAAUGGAGAAGUCGAUUUUGCCGGUACCAAUAAUCACUAAACCAAACCAGCUUUUGCUUCAAGUCAAAGCCGCUAGCGUGAAUCCAAUUGAUACCGCAAUGCGCAAUGGCUAUGGGAAUCAAAUUUCAAUAGCGAUGAGGCAGUUACGGAACUGUUCACUCAAACCAAUGCCAGCAGUGUUGCCUUUUAUCGGUGGACGAGAUUGCAGCGGAGUGGUUGAACAGACUGGAGGAAAUGUCAAUAGAUUCCGGAAAGGCGAUGAGAUCGCCCGAAUAAAGCCAUCAAAUGCUCCGUCGCAGCGUGUACUGAUACAUGGUGGUGCCGGCGGUGUUGGGACAACAGCAAUCCAGAUGCUUCGAGCUUGGAACGUGCAGAAAGUAGUGGCAACCUGUUCCGAGGACUGCUUCCACACGAUACGACAGCUUGGAGCUGUACCGAUCAAUUACAAAAGUCCUUUAGCUCUUGAACAGCUGAUCGCCGAAGGACCGUUCGACGUAAUUUUGGAUUGUGCAGACUCCGAAUUGGCACAGUGGAGUGAUAAAGUAAUGGGAUUAUGGCGCAAUUGCGUCCACCCGGCAGUUCAGCGUGGCCAGUGGUUUACGUAUGCUUAUUUUGCUCCCAGUUCGCAAUGUAUGGAACAAAUUUCGGACCAUCUGCGCACUGGCAAGAUAAAACCAGUAAUCGACGAAAUUUUCAAUUACGACCAACUUCCGGCAGCUUAUGAGAAAGUCCAAAAAAAGAAAGGUCGAGGGAAAACGGUGAUUGAUUUUGGUGACGUAUCAAAUGAAAGUCGAAAGAACCAUGAAGACGGAACUGCAAAUUACGUUUCUAAGUAUUAUCAGCAAAAGACGGAGAUUCCCACUACUCCCGCCACUCCGCGUUCCUGAUG